UUGUAUCUCAUAACACUGAAUGUGAAGUUUAUAAUGUAGGAAAAUUAAAUACAGUAACAGUUUUAAAUGACCUAUUUAGUUUCCCAUUUCUUUGAUUUCAUUUAGCAUUGAUCUAACUCAGUGUGGAAGGUUACAUUCGUACAAGUUUACACAGCUUAAUGAUUAACAAUGUUCAUCUGCCAACCUUACUGUUUAUAUGGCAAAUAGUGGUAUAUACUGAGUUUAGAAGACUAGGUCUGCUUGCAGGAGAAAACUAGUUCCAAAUUGCUUGAAACUGAGUAAUUAGAAUAAAAAUGUACAUGAUUAAGUUCCUUCUUUUUAUUGUUCCUUUAGUUAUUUCCUCAAGAACUGACCAAGAACUUUCAUCAUUUGAUUCUAAAUCUUCAGAGCCAAAAUCAAGGUUUGCUAUGUUAGAUGAUGUAAAAAUUUUAGCCAAUGGCCUCCUUCAGUUAGGACAUGGUCUUAAAGACUUUGUCCAUAAGACUAAGGGCCAAAUUAAUGACAUAUUUCAAAAACUCAACAUAUUUGAUCAGUCAUUUUAUGACCUAUCACUGCAAACCAAUGAAAUCAAAGAGGAAGAAAAGGAACUUAGAAGAACUACAUCCAAACUGCAAGUCAAAAAUGAAGAAGUGAAAAAUAUGUCACUUGAACUCAACUCAAAGCUUGAAAGCCUCCUAGAAGAAAAAGUUCUCCUUCAACAAAAAGUGAAAUAUUUGGAGAAGCAACUAACCAAUUUAAUUAAAAAUCAAUCUGAAAUUCAGGAACACCCAGAAGUAACUUCACUUAAAACUUUUGUAGAACAGCAAGAUAAUAGCAUCAAAGACCUUCUCCACACUGUUGAAGAACAAUACAGACAAUUAAACCAACAGCAUAGUCAAAUUAAAGAAAUAGAAAAUCAGUUAAGAAGAACUGGGAUUCAAGAAUCCACUGAAAAUUCUCUUCCUUCUAAACCAAGAGCACCAAGAACUACUCCCACUCUUCACUUGAAUGCAACAAAAAAUGUAGAACAUGAUGAUAUUACUGCUGAUUGUACUACCAUUUAUAACAGAGGAGAACAUACAAGUGGCAUCUAUUCCAUUAGACCCAACAACUCUCAAGUUUUUAAUGUCUACUGUGAUUUUAAAUCAGGUAAUUCAUGGACAUUAAUUCAAUACCGAAUAGAUGGAUCACAAAACUUCAAUGAAACUUGGGAAAACUACAAAUAUGGUUUUGGGAGGCUUGACGGAGAAUUUUGGAUGGGUCUAGAGAAGAUAUACUCCAUAGUAAAGCAAUCUAAUUACAUUUUACGAGUUGAACUAGAAGACUGGAAAGACAACAAGCAUUAUAUUGAGUAUUCUUUUCACUUGGGAAAUCAUGAAACCAACUAUAUGCUAAACCUAGCUGAGAUUAUUGGCAAUGGCCCCAGUGUAUUCCCGGACCACAAAGAUUUGGUGUUUUCUACUUGGGAUCACAAAGCAAAAGGACAUGUCAACUGUCCAGAAAGUUAUUCAGGUGGUUGGUGGUGGCAUAAUGUAUGUGGGGAAAACAACCUAAAUGGUAAAUAUAACAAGGCAAGAGCAAAAACAAAGCCAGAGAGAAGAGGAAUAUGUUGGAAGUCUCAAAAUGGAAAGUUACACUUCAUCAAAUCAACCAAAAUGUUGAUCCGUCCAACAGAUUCACAAAGCUUUGUAUGAACUGAGGCAUAUUACAAAGACAAUAAACAUUAAACAUCCCAACCUGAGUUUUAAUAAUAUGGUAUGAAAUCCCUAAUAAAAGGCUUUAGAAAUAGAUUCUUUCUUUUAAAGCCACUAUCAACUUAAACAUAUCAUCAUAUCACCUCAAAGAACACAAUUUAUCUUUCUCAAAACUCUUAAGAUCUCAUUUAUUCACAUAUUUUGUGAUGUGGGGGAAUCAAUUUUAAAUGGUUACAAUAUAAAUUUUAACCAAUGGGUGAAUUUUUAGAUAACUUGCUUAAAUAAAAAACUUAUAAAGAAACUUCUACUGUAAACUUUAUCAUGGGGGCAAUUUCACAACGUCUCUAGUUUAUAAAACUAGUUUUCUGCUAAAAUUCUAAACUUAAAUAAAUAUAAAGGUCUGAUAACUGUACCAUUCUUAUAUGAUAUAAUAUCAAUUUCAAAAGUAAAAUUCAGUCAGUUCAGAGUACAUGCAAAAACAAUAUGAAUUUUAAAACUGAUGCUUUGUUUCGCUACAAAAUAAUUUGGAGUAAAUAUUUGGAAUGCUUUACUUAUGAAACUAAAUGAAGCAGGAUGAAAUAUUGUACUGAAAUAGUUCACUGUCUUAAAUGCAGUAGAUCAUGAUUACUAAGUCAUAUUGACUUUAAUAUCAGGUAUUACUGUAUUUUAACAAAUUUGUUAACUUAUCUAUACUGUAGACAUCUUAUGUAUUUUAACACUUAAUACUGUGAAAAGAAUUUUAAAGGGAUAUUGUCAGAAUACAAUGAGAAUGCAUGUAUUUGUGACAUCAAGUUAAAGUAUAAUAAUUUAUUCCCCCUGGACAUGGUGUUAGUCUAAUAUUUAUGUGUAGGUUUUCAAAAAGAAUUAGAAAAUCACAAAUGAUCGAAUGUUUAAAUAGCCUGACAGACGUGUAUAUAUGUUUCUAAACUCAAUAAAGACUCAGUUCCCUAAAUUAAAAUUCUUGUUUUUUAUGCCUAAUAGA